AUGGAUGCAGAUGGCUUACCCCUGGUAGGACCCGGCAUCGACUACAAUAAGGUUGACGCCAUUAAUCAGAAACGAACUAUAGCAUUUCUUAACCACUUUGUGACACACACAUCACGUUUCCUGAAUCAUUUUGCCAAUGUCUGUGAGGACAAGCUGGAGAAACUGACAGAGAGGCUGCAGCAGCUGGAGAUCUCACUCAGUAUACUAGAAGCCAAGCUUUCUUCCAUUCCUGGUUUGGAGUCUGUGACAGCACCUUCUACUAGCAGUUCAGUGGUGACGUCUGAUGUGGCAGCCACCAGUAACUUACCUUCAUCAGCAUCAGCAGCUCCACCACAAACACUUGCCCCUGUAGCAGCCAGUCCUGCCCAGGUGCAGCCUGAGAACCUUCCACCAGUUGAAGAACCAAAACCCAGUAAUCCGGUCUCUCAAGAUCCUAGAUAUGCCAAGUAUUUUAAAAUGCUACAAUAUGGUGUUCCACCUCCUGUUGUGAAGGGAAAAAUGGCAAUGGACGGACUCAGCCCCGAUAUGCUAGAGUAA